GCGAAGGAGGAAGAAGGGGCCGCGCUGAGGCAGGCGGGCGGGCGCGCGGGAGACGGAGGCUCUGCGGCGGCCGCGCCAUGUCGGCACACCAGCAGGGCACGGAGCUUGACCUUAGCUGGAUCUCCAAAAUACAAGUGAAUCAACCGGCAGUUCUGAGGCGUGCAGAACAAAUCCAGGCCCGCAGGCCUGUGAAAAAGGAGUGGCAAGCUGCUUGGCUCCUGAAAGCUGUUACCUUUAUAGAUCUUACUACACUUUCAGGCGAUGACACACCUUCCAACAUUCAAAGGCUCUGUUAUAAAGCCAAGUAUCCAAUCCGAGAAGACCUCUUAAAAGCUUUAAAUAUGCAUGAUAAAGGCAUUACUACCGCUGCUGUUUGUGUUUAUCCUGCCCGGGUAUGUGAUGCCGUAAAAGCACUGAAGGCUGCAGGCUGUGAUAUCCCAGUGGCAUCAGUGGCCACUGGCUUUCCAGCUGGACAGACACAUUUAAAAACACGAUUAGAAGAGAUUAGACUAGCUGUGGAAGAUGGAGCUUCGGAAAUCGAUGUGGUAAUUAACAGGACCUUGGUGCUGACAGGCCAGUGGGAAGCCCUGUAUGAUGAGAUUCGUCAGUUUCGCAAGGCCUGUGGGGAGGCUCAUCUCAAAACCAUCUUAGCAACAGGAGAACUUGGAUCUCUUACUAAUGUCUAUAAAGCCAGUAUGAUAGCAAUGAUGGCAGGAUCAGAUUUUAUUAAGACCUCUACUGGAAAAGAAACAGUAAAUGCAACCUUCCCAGUAGCUAUAGUCAUGCUACGGGCUAUUAGAGAUUUCUUCUGGAAAACUGGAAACAAGAUCGGCUUUAAGCCAGCAGGAGGCAUCCGCAGUGCCAAGGACUCCCUUGUGUGGCUCUCUCUCAUAAAGGAGGAACUAGGAGAUGAGUGGCUAAAGCCAGAACUCUUUCGAAUAGGUGCCAGCACUCUGCUUGCAGACAUCGAGAGGCAGAUUUACCAUCAUGUGACUGGAAGAUAUGCAGCUUAUCAUGAUCUUCCCAUGUCUUAAAUCAGCGAUGAAUUCCAGAGAAGUCCUUUACAACAACGUUUAAAAAUUAUUUUUCUGUGUGAUUGCUAAAAUUCUUUAAUUAAAAAAUGGGAGAAUAGAUGACUGACUUUUUCCCCUUAAAAUUCCCGUUGAAUUUAACUCAAAGAACGAAGGGAAUAAACCAGACAAUCUACACAUGGUCCGCAUUUCAGGCACAUCUGAAAUGGUCUUAAUAACUAGAUCUCAUUGUUAAUUUUGUGGAGGUUUUCUCUUAAAGAACCCUGAGCAAAUUGUUAAUGAUAGCUUUGACAACAUUAAAUUCUAAGGAAACAAAAUGUCGACUUGCCUAAGAACGGUGCUGUAGCAAAAGAAAAUGCAGCAUCCCUGAACCACUCUUGUUCUCCCAGCAACUUCAGGACUCGCUUACUCGGCACUAAUUUCCUGUCCUGAAAAUCUGUCUUUAAUUUUUGCAACAGAUAUGCUCUCUUACUAAUUGUUUUGCUAAUGGAAUUUCUGUCAUUUUUAUAUGAAACUAUGGAUAUCAUUGAAUUUUUUUAAUUAAAAAAAUUCCUGUAGUUUAUUUAAAAAAAAAACAAACCCUUUAAAUUGUAGUAAUGCAUAUUGAAAAGUUAAUCCAUUAAAUAUAUGAAGAGGUUUUAUCAAUGACUUUCUAAUAGAGUCUAAUAGAGUAUCUCAAAUAAAG